UAUGGGUAGUCCCCUAUCGCCCAUACUCGCAGAUAUAGUGAUGGAGAACUUGAUCUCAACCGUUAUUAAAAUCGCUAAUAUCCCUCCCAAACAUAUCAGAAAAUACGUUGAUGACCUUUUCUUACUCAUCCACAAAAAUAAAUUACAAGAAAUACUAGACACCUUCAACAAUUAUAAUAAACACAUUCAAUUUACGUGUGAAGUCGAACAAGCAGGAAAACUACCAUUUUUGGAUCUCCUGGUCAUACGAAUGGAUGACAACACUAUAAAAACUGAUUGGUAUGCCAAACCAAUAUCAUCCGGACGACUUUUAAAUUUCAAUUCAUUUCACCCGAUGGAUCAGAAAGUCGGGUUAACCACCAAUUACAUCAACCGGGUCCGUCAACUUAGCACUGUUCGCAGCAUUGAUCAACAAAAUAUAGUCAUCACCGAUCAUCUCAUACGCAAUGACUACCCCAUAAAGUUCAUCAAUCGCAUGCUACAUCAAUCACCGAACAAUAAUAUCAACGAAGUCUCGCAGUCAGAACCAACCAUAUACAAACCUAUACCUUUCAUCCAUGGACUGACCCAAAUGAUCAGGAAAACAUUACAUCGCAACAUACCUAACCUAAAAACAGCACCAAGCAACAGGUACACAGUCAAAUCCCUGUUACCCACAGCCAAAGAUCCCCUCCUUCAGAUGCAGAAAAACAACAUUAUUUACAAAAUAGCAUGUUUUAACUGUGACCAAUACUAUAUCGGAAUGUCACGAAACCAGUUAAAAACACGUAUGUAUGGACACCAAUCUCUGAUUAACAAAUUAGAUCAGAGACUAGCAGAUGGUCAAAAAUAUGACGAUAAUCAAAUACAAGAGCUAAAAGAGAGAACCGCUCUCAUGGAACAUUGCAUCUCACACCAACACCGUUUCGAUCUAAAAAAACCCCACAAUUAUUGACACCAGCUUCAAAUCCAGUGCUCUCCCGAUCUUAGAGAUGUGUCACAUCUCGACUACUCCCCACACAGUCAACCGCCGUACAGACACCGACAACCUAAACAGCGCCUACGCAAACAUCCUGGAUUCCAUUAGAAAAAUGAGAGAGAUCGAUACUCGAAACACGAUCGCUCUCCAACAAGUAAACACCACUAAUACCCACCCAAAAUAGAUUCGAACCAUUACUACUGCUUAUAGUGACCAAGUGCGAGUUCUCAAGGAAUUGUUUUAUUCAAUUGGAGCGAUUUUUAAAUCCAUUUUAGACCGACAAACUCGAUGAGUAAACUCCUGAAAACACCCGAUGUUAACCCUCUCAGACCUGACAGUUUACCGUAUGCAAAACGAACCGUGACAUUGUCGAAUAUUGUCGAGUGAGUAGCACUUCGCGAACAUUAGGUUUUUAUGUUUAUUUGUGUAAUACAUGUAAUACAACAGUUAUUUUCCGCAAUAAAUUAGGCCCUGAAGAAGAUCCCAACCACGGAUCGAAACGUCGGCGAAGAUAAGUUAGAAUCGACGCAAAUUCUUACGUGACUGCACUGCCGAAAACAUUCCCCGUUCUUACAAUUUCCACAGUCGAAAAGAAUCAAUUUAUCUCUUCUCUUGGAUUUCUCAAUUUCAUAUAUAGUGGGUGGAAGAAAUGUUUAUUAUUGUUGUUUCUUGAUUGCUUGCUCUGUGACCCCCAAUGUACGGGCGACAUCAAAGGCAUACGUAACAAAAACGUUACUUUCGUGAAACAGAACGCUGCUGCUAUAGCAUGAACUUGACCUACUCCCAGGUCUCGAUCAAAAACGUAGCUCGUACGUUUUUGUUUAUUAAUUAACUCGUUAAAGGAAAACACCAGUACUUAUGGUGCUGUGUGCAUCAUAUAUGCGGCAUCCAACGUCUGACCGUGGUUUCGUUUGUUUAGAAAACAACUGCAUUGCUUGCGACGAUUUUCGUCGACGCAAUGGAUAAAUUAAAUUGGACAGCUACUUUUGCGUGUCACCUACAAUGUGCUGCUCCGGGUCAUGAUACCCUGGUAGCGCUUUCAGUGGAUCUUUAACCAGUGAUCCUUAUAUCCUUAAGGAUGGUUGGUAUUAAUAAAACAAA